UCUCAUGAUAAUCCCAAAAAAAAGGUCCUAACAUUAUGUGGUGCCGGUAGCUGCGAGAGUACUUGUCUUUAUUAAUCACAAAUUUUUAGAUGUUUAGGUUUUUCGUUUUACUCCAAAAUGCAAAUGGAAAAGAGAGAGAUUAGAAAGUUGCUACUUGCAUAGAGAAAGUCUAACCCUGUUAUGAAAACCGUGUGAUGGUUUGUAUAUUGAAUAUAUACCAUGGUUAGUAGUUGAGAUCAUUUAAUGCCGACUUAGAUGCUUAUAAAGCUCGUCGCUCUGGUGUUAAAUUAUCACACAGCAAGAUACAAGCAUACUAAUAAAAUGGUGCGUGCUAUUUGGGGAAUUGCUUUGCUAUCUUUGUUUUGCUUUCAUGCUAUUGUCCCGAUUGUUUCUGCCAGGAAUGUGGUCAGCCUGAGAAAGGAUGAGGAGGAGUUACUCGGUUUCGGGAAGGAAGGAGGGUUCGGCAGUGGCUUUGGUGGUGGAGGCGGAGCCGGUGGUGGGUUUGGAGGUGGAGCAGGUGGGGGUGCUGGCGGUGGUUUGGGAGCAGGUGGUGGAUUUGGUAAGGGUGGUGGACUUGGUGGAGGGAUAGGAAAAGGUGGUGGGUUCGGUGGAGGAGCCGGGGGUGGUUUUGGCAAAGGUGGUGGACUUGGUGGUGGCAUAGGCAAAGGCGGUGGACUUGGUGGUGGCAUAGGGAAGGGUGGUGGUGGUGGAUUUGGUAAGGGUGGAGGACUUGGUGGUGGCAUCGGCAAGGGAGGCGGACUUGGUGGUGGUGGUGGAUUUGGUAAAGGUGGAGGACUUGGUGGUGGCAUAGGCAAGGGAGGUGGGCUUGGUGGUGGUGGUGGAUUUGGUAAGGGUGGUGGGCUUGGUGGUGGUAUAGGCAAAGGUGGUGGUGUUGGUGGCGGUGGAGGAUUUGGUAAGGGCGGCGGCAUUGGUGGGGGAAUUGGAAAAGGUGGUGGGUUUGGUGGUGGUGCAGGUGGAGGAUUUGGUAAAGGCGGAGGGUUGGGUGGUGGUUCUGGCGGUGGAUUUGGAGGUGGUUCCGGUGGUGGAUUCGGAGGUGGUUCUGGCGGUGGAUUCGGAGGUGGUUCUGGUGGUGGAUUCGGAGGUGGUUCUGGCGGAGGAUUUGGUGGAGGUGGUGGGAGCGGAUUUGGUGGAGGAUUUGGAGGAGGAGCGGGUGGAGGUGGAGGAUUUGGCGGUGGGGGUGGUUUUGGUGGCGGUGGGGGAGGAGGAAUUGGAGGCCACCACUGAAGUUGAAGAUGAAUGCAUUUACGUACUUAAGGUUGCAUGCAUGCAUUAAUUUAAGUUUUGGUUUGCGGAAGGAAUAAUCAUUUGUCUUGCCAAUAUAUGUUAAUUAAUUAAUAAUCUAUAUAUAAACACAAAUCAGCAAUUAAUAUAUGUUUAAUUACCAUAAUGAAUACGUAAUGAUAUAAAUUCCAUAUGUACGUAGUUUCUUCAUCUCUCUCCCAAUCCAUGUGUUGAUGAGAAUAUUAAUAUAAUUUCCUGCUUCAAA